AUGGGACCUCUAUCUUGCAUUGGUAAACAAACUAUGGUUAAAUCUGGUGAUAUAUCUCACAUUUCUGACGAUGUAUGCCAAGUUAACGUGAUACAAAAUUAUGCUACGUUUGAUGAAGUGAAUAUGGACGAUUAUAAUGAAACCACGUCCUCAGAGAGUGCGACUAAUAUCAGUAUAUUUGGUGAUUUGAACAAUUACGAGAAUCGAGAGACAAUUAUUAGUGUAAUGGCCACAAGAAGUUCGAAUAGCUAUGAUUUACCUGAAAAUAUGAGUUUUAUUAGUUCGAAUGUAAUUGAAUCACCUAGCGUGUUAAACGUACAUGACAGAUUCAAAAUAUCAAUCAACAAAUUCAAGAGAAAUUUGAAAGCAAAUUCAACCAAACAGAGGAGAGAUUAUUUGUGCGAAUUUAAUAAGAAGUAUAAAGUAAUGGGAAGUGCAAUUGGGUCUGGAUCAGGUGGAGAAGUGAAAAUGGUUAAAAAUUUCAAAGAGAAUAAAAUAUUUGCAAUGAAACAGUUCCAUCCAUUUAAAUUGGAGAAGUCAUGGCAUAAUGAAAGCUCCUCUAGAAGAAUGCAACAUAAUUACAACACUUGUCGCUAUCAUUUGAAUAAAAUCAGAUCGGAAUAUUGUAUUUCGAAGAUUUUGGACCACGAAAAUAUUAUUAAGACAGUUGAAAUUAUGGCUACGGAUGACACUUAUUUGACUAUAAUGGAAUAUAUGGAGUUUGAUCUCUUUGCCAUAGUAAUGUCGAAAUGCAUGUCAUAUAAUGAAUCCUGUUGUUAUUUCAAACAACUUCUAAAUGGGGUGAUGUAUUUGCAUGAGUUAGGAAUAGCUCAUAGAGAUUUAAAAUUAGAUAAUCUAGUCAUAAACAAUCAAGGAAUUCUUAAAAUUAUUGAUUUUGGUGCGGCAGUAGUUUUCAAGUCUCCAUUCAAUGACCAACUGACAAUAAUGGCAAAGGGUGUCUUAGGAAGUGACCCGUACCUGUCUCCAGAAUGCUAUAUUUUUGAGUCAUACGAUCCCAGAGCAGUAGAUGUCUGGUCCUGCGGGAUAGUAUUUACUUGUAUGCGACUUCACAAGUUUCCUUGGAAAUAUCCACAAUUGAAAGAUUUAAAUUUCCAGAAUUUUUGUAUGGAAAGGAAUUUCAAUUCCUUGAAUGAAUUGGUUCGCAGAACACCAUAUUACAACGAAUAUACAUACCAUAAACAACUGCUUAAUACUGAGUCGUUAUUUGGUCCAAUGAGACUACUCGGAAAAAUUGAUAAAGAAGCACAGCCUCUAAUUUUACAGAUGCUAGAAAUUUCACCUCAUUGCAGACCAAGUAUUGAUCAAAUACUGUCACUAGACUGGAUCCAACAUCUGGAAUACUGUACGGAUAAUAAGCCCGGUCUGAACCAUACCCACACAAAGGUACGUGAUACCAUGUCACAUAUUGGUGACUUCUGUUGA